AGGGCCAGUACUGCUCCCCGCCGGCCGGUGACCCUCGCGCCGCGCUGUCCCGUCACGCCGGAUCGGACCCCCCUCCUUCCCAACUCCGACGUUGGCAAGAGAGGAGGGCGUUCAAUUCCUAGCGCCUAAUUAACCAGCAUGGCGCGCCGCCUGGUGGUGCUGCGCAUGGCAGUAGUGCUGCUUCUCGCCGUGGCCGUCGUCCUCUCCAACGUGGCCUCCACCGCCAUGGCCUCCUCGUCACUGCCGACGAGCGGCGGCGGCGGCGGCGGCGGCGGCGGCGAGCAGGAAGCCCCGUCGCCGCCGUCUCCGUCGGAAGGUGGCGACGACGGCGACGACAAGGAGCAGCAGGAGCAGGAGAUGGACAAGGAGAAGCAGAAGCAGAAGGAGAAGGAGCGGCAGGUGGCGGCGCAGAAGGCGGCGCAGGAGGAGAAGGCCGCCCAGCAGGAGCUGCUCAAGUACGCGCAGGCGAAGCACCUGGUGGCGUCGACCAAGGGGUCAGGGUCGUACAAGGGCAUCGCCCGUGAGUUCUUGGACGGGCACAACCAGCUGCGCGCGCGCUACGGCGUGGCGCCCGUGAAGUGGGACAGGAAGCUGGCGCGGCAGGCGCGGCGCUGGUCCAACACCAGGCGCAAGGACUGCCAGCUGAAGCACAGCGGGGACAAGGGGCAGAGCGUGUUCAGGAGCCACGACGACUGGAACGCCACCGCCACGGACGCCAUCCAAGAGUGGAGCAAGGAGGAGGCCGUCUACGACAAGCAAAGGGAAAAAUGCCUCGGCGGCAGGACCUACAUGGAGUGCGGCCACUUCGCGCUCAUGGUCACAAAGAGGACCGCCAAGGUCGGCUGCGCACGCGCAGAGUGCUACCAGGGCGGCGUCUUCAUCACAUGCAACUACGCCGCCGCAGCCGACACUGGUACCAAGGACAAGAAAAAGAGCAGCAGCAAAUAAUAAAUCAUCUAUUACUUAAUUGUGCCUGAUCGAUCGAGCCUCACUCACACCACGUACAUACCCACCUAUCGCAUUGCAUUGCAUUGUAUUCUACGUACGUGUUUGUAUCGUCUCUGUAACACCCACCCACCCACCCACCUAAUAUAAGUACGUACCAACUCGAUCAACCCCCUCCAUCACCUACAUAUAUACUCUUUCCACAUCCACCACCCACCCGUGUAUGUACUAUUUUAUAUAUAAUAUACAUGUAUGUAUGUACUGUAGUUGCUAACUCAUUACUAAGGCCGGGAUUCAUUGGAUUAACUAACUACUAAGCUUAAAACCUGCUGCAACUGAUGUCUUCUUGCCUGCCGCCGUACCUCUGACUCCGAGGUUGAAGAUGAUGAAGACGACGAGAGGAUCCUAGCUCCUCCCAGUCUUUUUUUUUUCUAUUUAUUUCCUUCUUCCAAUUUUGAGCCAUGUUGUAUCUACGAGUACAGCAAAUUGAGUUCAGUUCAGACGA